ACAAGAUGGCGGCCUCACUCCUGAAGGACAUCUCCAACGACUUUCUGGAGUGCCAGAUCUGCUUGCAGUCCUUCCGGGAGCCCAAGAUUCUCCCAUGUCUGCACACAUUUUGCAGGGAAUGUCUUCUUGAGUACACAAAGGCCCACUGCAUCGAUGGCAACCACAUAGAAUGCCCAACAUGCCGCAUUAACUCACCACUUCCGGGUGGGACUGUGAACGGACUCAAGGAUAACUUCUUCGUGAAAAGUUUGAACGAUACCGUUAACCUUCACAAGACGCUCCGGUCGGACGAACAGAAGAUCGUCUGUAGCAACCCUUAUUGCGACUCAAAGGGACUUGCCACAUCGCGGUGUCUGAACUGUGACGGACUGUUGUGUGGCGAGUGUGUGGCAGCUCAUUUGCGUAUCAAAGUGACACGAGACCACACGGUCAUAGGGCUGGACGAGUUGAGGGGUGGAGGGCAGGCCGCCGAAAGUGUGCGGCGCGGACAGGGACACACUUGCAGCGAACACCCGGACGAGGUCACCAAGUUCUUCUGUGAGACCUGCCAGGUCCCCAUGUGUCGCGACUGUGCGCUACUCAAGCACAGGGAGCAUUCCUUUGCACAUCUUAAGGACCACAGCGCAUCGCUGAAGGCUGAACUGCAAACUAAGAUCGAUCAGGUCAAAGAAAAGGCAAGCGAAUACCGCGCAACGUGCUAUGACCUGCAAACUAAACUUGAAGAAGAGAAAGAGGCAGAAAGAGACAUCGACCAACAGAUAGUUGACGUAGCCACUGAGCUGAAAGAAACUAUCAUCUCGGAAAUAGACACACAGAAGGCAUCUCUCCAGGCAGAAAACAGAAAAAUUUCUGCACUUCGGCAAAAGCUGUUGUCCUCUGAAAAAGACGGCACCGAAAGCAAGCUUGUCUCCCUUGAAAGCACCGUACAGUUUGCAGAGAAACUCCUGACGUAUGGAAGUGACUACGAAAUCACAGACGUUGGGUCUGAUACGAAGGAACGACUCGAAACUCUGGGUGCGGAGGGCGUCCCAAGCAUUAGACAAAUGCCACCUCGAGCCUUCGCCAAAACCACUCAGAUGCCAUCCAUCGAGUUAGGAUCCCUUAAAGGAGAGAUUGAGUCGUGUGAACUCGCACUACCUUGUGGCCACCCAUGCGGGGACAAGCAUCUUAACCUAGGCCACUGCAGGACGACCUGUCUUGCUCAAAUCAGGUUGAAAUGUGGUCACCUAGUGGGCCUGUGUCACGAAGUUGGGAACGUGGAUGUCAACAAGAUAAGCUGUUCCAAAGGUCACGAUAUUUUUAUACAUCUGCAAUCAAGAGGGUCCCGCACGGUGACAAUCAAAGGCGUCAGUCUAAACGACUCUGUGGCAUCAAUAAAGCAAAAAUGCAGCUAUAAAGUUGGAAAAGGUAAUACCGCAUCGUCGUUGGUGUUUGCCGGCAAGACUCUCCGAGAUGACCUAACCCUGGAAGACUACGGAAUCGGCUUCCAGAGCACGCUAUUUCUGCACGAAGCCGUUUGCAUACAAUCCGAUAAAUAAAACUGCGCCGCUUCAUCGCCCGGAGAUGAAGGACACUUGUGACGUCUGCACUAAACAUCGCCGAG